ACUGAUGAGAAUGCAUUGUCUGACUUUUAAAAGGUCAGGCAACCUUCUCAAUUCCCAGACAAUACUACACUUUGUUAAAGUAAAACUUUGUCCUUUAAAAACGUCAUUCGAUGAAUCGAAUGGAAUCGAAAAAACGCUGAACAAACUGCUAAAAGGAAGUAAGUCAAGUGCUAUAAAGAAUGCUUAUGCAACGCUGCCCAUGUAUUCAAUAAAAAAUAUCGAUGAUAGUCAUUUCAAAACCUUGACGGCUUAUUUUGAUCUGGUCAAAUUAAAAGUGAAAGAUAAACUGGCAUAGAAAAACCGGAAGUCACCAUUGAUUGUAGUAGGGAAAUCUGAUGUCAUGACAUGGAAAAUAAACUUAUGAAACAUUCUAUGAUCGACUUUAUUCCUGAUUAAAAUACUGUCUUGAAAAAAGAUUCAUACCACCAAUUUUUAUCCAAGAAACUGAAAUGUAUUUUUCAAUGGAUAUAAAAAGAAACAGGGAAACGUUUGUAUUCAUGUAUUUCUUGAGGCUAUUCCUUCCAUGUCAGGGAUCGAAAUCUGAAACUUUUGUAGUUAAUGCUGAUUUUGACGAUUUCGCACUUAAUGGUGAAACACUGGAGACUUUCCAAUCAUCCGGGGAAACGGAAUGUGUGUUGAGAUGUUCAGUUAGAAACGAAUGCCUUUCUUUGCAGUAUAAUUCACCGACUGGAGAAUGUCGUCUGCUCCAUGACGUGUAUGUUACAUGUAGCUUUGGUGUCGAGGAUAAAAAAUGGCGGUACUACCAGAAAACAGGAGGCGUCUGUCCUCCACAGUUUACCCUCUAUGCGGAGGAACACACCUGUUUCCAUUACGCCGGACUCUUAAGCAUCCCAAUGGGGACGGACUAUUGCAGGAACCUCAACGCUAGCCUCAUUGCUAUACAGUCGGAGAGGAUGCAGGAUUUUCUUUCAAGUAUUGUAGGAAAAAUGGAUUCUAAUGUAAAAUCUGCCUACAUUCAGGGUACUUUUAACACGACCCACUGGGUUCUUGACAACCAGCAGCUACUUCCGUUCACCCACUGGGGUCCCGGCGAGCCUCGCCUUCAGAACCCUGGCUUUGUUAAUAUCAAAGUCAAAAAAGUCUCUGGGAAUUAUUAUUGGCAGACUGCCAGAGGUUUAAGAUCUCUGCGACAUGUGUUUUGCGGCAUAAUUGUGUAAUGGACAGAAUGGAAAUACAGCUAUUCUUAUCUUCUUUUCAGAUAUUUAUCACUUUGUUAAAAAUGAUUUUUUAUUUAAAAUUUCAUCUUUAUUUUUCUUUAUAAAAGGAUCGAGUGGUUUACUUAAUAAUGUAUCUUUUAAGCGUAAAGCCUGCACACAGAUUGAUUUAAAUUCACGUAAUGCUUUAGGUUUAAUAUUUUUGUGAUGUUUACUUUUAUUUUGUAACGUUUCACCUUGUCGAACAUUAAAAUUUGAUUUCAUCAUUUCGAUCUGUAUCUUAAUGCUAAAACUGUUUACUUUAAGAAGUGUUUGUUAAUUGUGUACAUAAAAAUCAAUUGACAUAAAUGUUGAAUGAAUAUUCUUCGAACUCGCCAUUUUACUACUAUUUAUCUACAUCUUUUUGAAAGAAAUGAAAUAAUCAUUAGCUUGAAUAAAGUACCGCCUUAUUCGAUAAGGCUUGACAGGCAAUAUAUUACUCUAUCUUAAAAUAAUCUUAAUACGACUUUUCUAAUGGUAAAAUUUAGAUUAUUAAAUUAAAAACCCACAAGCUCAUUUUCUAAAAUUAAAUCUUAAUUUUUAUAAUAUUUUCAUUUCUGUAAAUUUACACAGAGUUUUUUUUUCAGGAGGUUUAAAAAAAAUUAGAAAUGACAUUGACCAUGCAUGUUUUCCUUUUUAAUGAUCAAAUAAAAU